AUGGCCUACAUGUACACAGGGCUGAACGACUGCAGCAGGAUUGUGCAGGGGCCCAGCUCCGAAUUCACUAGGGCGGAGCUGGAGGCGGCGCUCCGGACGAUGACCGGUGCCGCCCCGGCUCGAAAGAGCGACGAGGUCCAGGGGGUGGUGCCCACGCAGAGCAGCCAAGCCGAAGGGAGCAAGUCCCGGAGGCUCCAGCGUGGCGACGGCUCCUUAGUUGGGGAGCCGGUGCCCAAGCGCCAGAAGACGGUGGAGGCGGAGGGGCAGAGCGGAGAAGGCACGACGGCCUUCUCUGAGGUAGCAGACUCCUCCACCGCCAUCGCCGACACGGCGGCCAGCAACACCACCACCACCGUCCGAGCCAAGGCCACAAACCCCACCCCCGCCGCCAGAAGCACCAGUGGCCGGGGACACCCGCCAAAGGUCCGGUGGGCCUUCAGCAGAAAAGGUGUUCCCCCCAAAAGUGCGGGGUCCUUCUCUUCGGACGCCACAAGCACGACCGCCGGAGCUGCCCCGGCUGGGGGGUCCGGCCCCCAGCCCAUACCAGCAGCAGCCAGACACAGCGGUCCGAAACCAGAGGCUGCCACACCCCCAAGGCCUGAGCCCAUCCCAGAGGAGGAGGCCGCCGGACCAGCUGCGUCGACCGAGGCGCCCGAAGCAGCAGCAGCACCAGACACCAAGCUGGAGCCUCCUCCAGCUGAACCAGCAGCAGCAGCAUUGGAAGAGGUGGCACCAGAAGCAGCAACGGCGCCGGAGGUGGCAGAAGUCGCCAGCACCACCACUCCACCCGCGCAGGAGGAGGAGCCGGAGGUGGUGCUGGGGAGGCGUCUUCUUCCAAGCCCAGCAGAGGUCCUGCUCCCCCGCCUUUUUGCCAAAAGCCGGUAG